CUUGCAGUUUGGAGGGUGAGUUUGAGAUGUGUGGGUGGGUUGUUUCGGGCACAAUUUGGAGCGGUGGUCGGGUUUGAGAAACAUGAAUGAAUGAAGUGUGUGUGUGUGUGUGUGUGCGUGCGUGCGUGCAUGCAUGGAGGGAGGGAGGGCAAUGGUGGUUUUACUAUGUGUCAUGGUUCUUGGUGCGGAUUUCUAGAUGAUGGAAUGUUACAGCCGUUGGAAUUUAUGGAGGAAUCUGUGAAAGCUUGGAAGAUAGUUGCCGAGGAAGUGCGUGAUGGAUAAUACAUUUUAUUUGCUGGUGUCCUCUGUACCUCUAAGAAGAUGUUCAACUAGAUGAUUCCACCUGCUAUGGCACCAUUCAUUUUAGGUGCAUUGAAGUGUAGGAAUUAUUUGUGACGACGAAAAGAUGGAAACUUACCAACAAAUCAAGUAACUCAAGAUUCACUCUUGGCGAGGUGAUCAGAUUGUCUUGGUCAGCCUUGCAACAGAAGAAGUCGAUAGUAACCAGUGAAUCCAGUUUUCUGAAACUUAUCGGCGUUCACCAAAUAGACGCCAUCCAUUUAAGGAUGGUAGGUAAUAUUGCGUAGUAAGGUUUGUGGCAUGAGCAAUCUCAUCAAUAUCUAUUAUAUGUAACAAAAAUCAGCAUCAUAAUUUGGAUCAGUUCACGACAGUCAGCCUACAGCACAAGGAUUAUUUUAUUCCAGCUUGGUUGCUAAUCAAGCUCAAAGUUGACGACCGAUUAUUUAUUCAGAAUUGACAGUCAAUGACGAGGGACGAAGCAAAUGGGGACCCAGUUUUUGCCGAGUACAGCAUAUGGGGAAAAUGGGUCCUCAUCAACUCGUGAUAGUAGACUUGCUGCAUUACAAAGGCCAGAUUCUGUUCUGCAAGGUGGAUUCUGGAGCUCAGGCUGAAGUUUCCCCACUCUUCUACAGCGCUUAAAUUCCCUGAACAGGAGGCAACAGUGGUCAAGUUCACCACAAUCGGGCCUCUCUUGACUCAAAUGAGUAUCAAAUGAAUAUCAAUAAAUCGAUCUCCCACAGUCUAAUAUGAACGAUUGGUUGCUUUUGCAGCACAUGGACUUCCUGAGAUAAUGAGGAUGAAUUCAAGCCGGAACCAGAUGAUAUGUGGGAGGAGCCAACCCAAAAUGCCACAUGGGUUCUAUGUGGACAUUAAAGACUUGAAGACCGCAUUCGUCUGUUCCUCUCUUACUCUGACAUCGUCAUUUUGACUACCAGGUGUGCUCCAAUGUUGAUGAUAUUUAGAAUUAAUUUGUAAGGAAGUUGAGAGCACUCUGAAUCUGUCAUGCAAUUAGUGGACAUUAUAGUCCGUCAUGUAUCUUCCUCUUGGGCAGUGGCCGCAAUUUCAUCUGGUUGGAGGAUCGGAGGAGAGGGAUUUUUUGAGAGCUAGGGCAAUUCAUAUACAGAUGUAUAUUGUGCUCGCUGCAAGCCCAAAGUAGAAUCCCGGAUGCGAAUGCGAAAUGUGGGUAUCAUCACCUAAUGUCAUAGGGUAAAUCAUUGAGAGUAUCACAGUUUGGCAUUCGCAAUGUCAACAACAUCAACGGCAUCAGAAUUGGGGACGAGGCAGCAGGGUCCUCCGGAUCUAUCAUUGGACGUGUCUCGAAAGCUAUGGAGAGUGGGCAGCAUGUACUUCUUUGGCGGUCGUAAAGCAAGAGCCCGAUAUCUUCUUUUUAUCGUCCUCAUACUUUGCAUUUUCAGCUCAGCCUUGUUCGUCGUGAUGUCAUACGUACAAAGAGACUUUUCGACCGCCCUUUCCAGUAAGGAUGUUGCCGAAUUUUACAGAGCCAUCAGGCGAUUUGUGAUGAUUGUCAUCUUUGCAGCUCCAUUGGAUUCAUUUUACCAGUACAUGCAGGAGCUGCUUAGUCUCGAGUGGCGGGCAUGGAUGUCGGAGUAUCUUCUCUCCAGUUAUUUCUCCAAUAGGGCCUACUUUGAUCUAAAAAUGGAUGGUAAGGUUGACAAUCCUGACCAACGAAUCUGCGAGGAUGUAUACAGUUUUGUCAAAAACUCUGUAGAGAUCAUUGCCUUGUUUUCAGGCAAGUUUCUGAGUGUCAUCGGCUUCGCUGGAGUUCUUUGGACCAUAGCCCCAGAGUUGGUCUACUUCCUGGUUGUAUACGCAACAUUUGGAACCCUCGUCACUGUGAAGGGAUUUGGAGGUCGAUUAACGAGCCUCAAGUUCAAGGCUCUUCAAAGAGAGGCAGAAUUCAGGUAUUCCCUUGUGCGAGUGCGUGACAAUGUCGAGUCCAUAGCUUUCUAUGGAGGUGAAAGCCAUGAAGCAGCUACAACUAAGGACUUUUUAGUUUCCAUGGUGGAAAAUGUCAGAGAACUUAUUGUAUGGAACCGGCAUUUAUCUCUCUUUAAUAACAUAUAUGAAUUUUCUAUGAUCAUUGUUCCAUCCAUCAUAGUCGCUCCUCGUUAUUUUUCUGGACAGGUGCAAUUUGGUGUUAUUUCGCAAACUGGUUAUGCAUUUCACAAGAUCCUGGCUGCUCUCUCUGUCAUUGUGUUUAAGUUUGACAGUAUCAGUGGGCUUGCAGUGCAGACAGAAAGACUGGAAGCCCUACUUUCAGCUCUUGAGACACACACUGGAGAUGUGCGCGUAAUGAAACGAUAUUUUGGGCGGACCUCAGCAUCAUUAGGCCUGGCUGCUGAUGAGGACCGUGAAGACAUCUCUUUGCUGAACAUUUCAGGGCCUGUUCCUACGGGAAACAUAAAGAGGGAAGUUGGUCCAGGUCUCAUAAUGAGGGAUGUUUCAAUCAUACCUCCGAAUUCCCAGUGUGUGCUCUACCAUGAUCUGAAUUUACAGCUAUCUUUUGGAGAGUCGCUUCUCGUUAUGGGUCCCUCUGGAUGUGGUAAAUCCUCAUUGCUACGAGCAGUUGCAGGUCUGUGGAGCCGGGGAACUGGCAGCAUUCAGAGUCCACUCAGUAGUGAUACCUUCUUCCUGCCCCAGAAACCAUACAUGCCGUUAGGAUCUCUACGUGACCAACUUCUCUUUCCGAGUAACGCAAAUGUUUGUAGCUACUCCAGUGACAGUGAUCUGCACGAGGCAUUGAAAGAGGUAGCUCUGGACGGAUUACCUGCACGUUUUGGUGGGUUGGACGCAGUGCAUGACUGGUCGGACACCUUAAGCUCAGGCGAGCAGCAACGGCUGGCGUUUGCAAGGCUGUUUUUGCACUGUCCCAAAGUUGCUUUUUUGGAUGAAGCAAGUAGCGCGCUUGAUGCAGGGAACGAAGCACGCCUGUAUGCAAUUUUAUCGAAGAAAUUGGCAACGUAUGUCUCAGUUGGUCAUCGAACUGCCCUGGUUAAACAUCACACAUAUGUCUUGGAGUUCAAGGAUGACCGUAGCUGGAGUCUUUGUACUCGAGAUGUGUUUGGUAUUCCUAGUUAGAAUGAAACUCUUACUGCAACGAAGUACAGUAAGUUAUGUAAGCGAAUGAUAUGUAGAAGGGAGGAACCCACCUGCAGCUGGCCUUCAGAUUGAAAUGAGGUUAGUUCUUCUCAUUUCUUGGAUUAGUCUUCUCAGUUUCUAUCUUUUGUUGCCAAGUUCGGAUGACUUUCAGGGUUGAUAUCCUCUUCCACAACCUCUGUACAAUUUGGACUGGUUGUCUGGUUUGUAAUGAUAUGGUCAUGUUUAAACUUCAUUGAUCACUUGAAAGUUGGACAUGACCUACCAAGCUCGUCCGAAUAUCAGAUUUCUAUAAAUAAAAUAAUUCUUUCAUGUA